AUGGCCAUAUUUUGCCUGCGCUCCCUUAUCGGAGACGAGCCAGUCACCAACGCUAUCCAUUCCAUCAAGCGUAUCGUAUGGGCCGUCGAGCAAUCCAUCAACGCGUCAAAAUCAAAAGGCGCUUUUCUGGACGUCGCAUCCACUGAGUCUUCGCCGAUGUGGUCAGAUGAUCGCUUCCCGACCAACAUUCAGUUUCCGUCGCUCGAGGAGAACAGAGCCAACACCACCACUUCGGACGACCUCAUAUUCUUCAGCAACAGAGCGUAUCGUCCGCAGCCUGAGCCCGUGACGGACUAUGCCAUGCCGGUAUCUGGUGCGGGGCCGGUGAUGAAUCCAUUCUCUGAUCUUAAUUUCGAUGUGUUAACGACGGAUCUGUUCAACUUCUUUCCUGUUGAUACGAACGCCGCACCAUCCACGCAUAGAUGA